CUAGACAAAACCUUACGUUAUACACUUCAACUAAUAAAGAGUCCAAACCAAACAAAAAAAAAACAGUAGUUUCUCGACAGAAACAAAAUCAAUAUAGCUUUAACAUCACGAGAAAGAAGAACUAAAGAAGACCAAACAAAAAAUAAUUUGGAAAAAAACAGAGAAGCAGCUCUCGUGAUCUUCCCGCCUUUUCUCUUCAACUUGUAAAACAUUACAAGAUCUAUCUUCUACCAAAAAGACGAAGUUUCGAGUGUCAGAUUCAAGAGUUGAAUCGGGUAUUAAACUCUGUUUUUCUAGAUCUUUGUGUCGAAGAGAUCGCCGGAGAUUUCAUUUAACCGAUUCUUGAAAACAUGGGACGUCUCCGGAGACGGCAAGAGAUAAUAGAUCAUGAAGAAGAGGAAUCAAACGACGACGUUUCAUCAAGAAGAGGAAAACUCAGUUUAGCCGAGACGUUUCGGUGGCUUGAUUCAUCAGAGCAUCGGAGAAUUGAAACCGAUGGUCAUAAUGAUUAUAAAUACAUCAUUCAUCCCAAAAACAGGUGGUACAAGGCAUGGGAAAUGUUUAUAUUGGUGUGGGCAAUAUACUCCUCAUUGUUCACUCCCAUGGAGUUUGGUUUCUUCCGCGGUCUGCCUGAGAGACUCUUUGUACUUGACAUUGUUGGUCAGAUCGCGUUCUUGGUCGAUAUUGUUCUUCAGUUCUUUGUUGCCUAUCGCGAUACUCAGACCUACCGGACUGUCUACAAACCAACACGUAUUGCUUUCCGGUACUUGAAGUCGCAUUUUCUCAUGGAUUUCAUCGGUUGCUUCCCUUGGGAUCUUAUUUAUAAGGCAUCAGGGAAACAUGAGUUGGUGAGGUACUUGUUGUGGAUAAGGCUAUUUCGGGUUCGCAAAGUGGUUGAGUUUUUCCAAAGGCUUGAGAAAGACACAAGAAUCAACUAUCUAUUCACUAGAAUCUUAAAGCUCUUGUUCGUUGAAGUUUAUUGUACUCACACUGCUGCUUGUAUCUUCUAUUACUUGGCCACCACUCUUCCUCCAGAAAACGAAGGUUACACUUGGAUCGGUAGCUUGAAGCUAGGAGACUAUAGCUACGAGAAUUUCCGAGAAAUCGAUCUCUGGAAACGUUAUACUACCGCUCUAUACUUCGCCAUUGUCACUAUGGCAACUGUCGGUUAUGGAGACAUUCACGCGGUGAAUCUGAGGGAAAUGAUAUUCGUGAUGAUAUAUGUUUCGUUUGAUAUGGUUCUCGGUGCUUACCUUAUUGGUAACAUCACUGCCUUGAUUGUGAAAGGUUCAAACACAGAGAGGUUCAGAGAUAAAAUGAAUGAUCUCAUAAGUUUCAUGAACCGCAAAAAACUCGGGAGAGACCUUCGUAGCCAGAUAACUGGUCAUGUUAGAUUGCAGUACGACAGUCACUACACCGACACUGUCAUGCUUCAGGACAUCCCAGCAUCAAUCCGCGCCAAGAUUGCGCAAUUAUUGUAUCUGCCUUACAUCAAAAAAGUUCCUCUCUUCAAAGGCUGCUCCACAGAGUUUAUUAAUCAAAUAGUUAUAAGGCUCCAUGAAGAGUAUUUUCUUCCAGGAGAAGUAAUAACAGAGCAAGGAAACGUCGUGGAUCAUUUGUAUUUCGUCUGUGAAGGCUUACUGGAGGCUCUUGUUACAAAAACAGAUGGAUCAGAAGAGAGUGUGACGUUACUUGGGCCUCACACUUCUUUUGGAGACAUCUCCAUCAUUUGCAACAUUUCUCAACCUUUCACUGUUAGGGUUUGUGAGCUAUGCCAUCUUUUACGACUCGAUAAACAGUCUUUCUCAAACAUCCUCGAGAUUUAUUUUCACGACGGACGCACAAUCUUGAACAAUAUUAUGGAGGAGAAGGAAUCAAAUGAUAGGAUAAAGAAGCUAGAAUCUGACAUAGUGAUUCACAUUGGGAAACAAGAAGCAGAACUUGCAUUGAAAGUAAACAGUGCAGCUUUCCAAGGAGAUUUUUACCAGCUUAAGAGCUUAAUCCGAUCUGGAGCCGAUCCUAACAAAACCGAUUACGAUGGAAGAUCACCGCUUGUACGUUUGUCGCUUAUCGAUUAUCUUUCUUUUAAGAGCUUAACUUUGAUUCUUUUUUAUAUCCAGCAUCUUGCAGCAUGUAGAGGCUAUGAAGACAUUACAUUAUUCCUUAUUCAGGAAGGUGUUGAUGUCAAUCUAAAAGAUAAGUUCGGACACACACCAUUGUUUGAGGCUGUGAAAGCAGGACAAGAAGGAGUGAUUGGUUUGCUUGUCAAAGAAGGAGCCUCCUUUAAUUUAGAAGAUUCAGGAAACUUCCUUUGCACGACAGUUGCUAAAGGCGACUCUGAUUUUCUCAAGAGAUUGCUUUCAAGCGGUAUGAACCCAAACAGUGAAGAUUAUGAUCACAGAACGCCGCUUCAUGUCGCGGCUUCUGAAGGGUUAUUCUUGAUGGCUAAAAUGUUGGUUGAAGCUGGAGCAAGCGUUAUUUCUAAAGACCGAUGGGGGAAUUCUCCGCUUGAUGAAGCCCGAUUGUGCGGAAACAAGAAACUGAUUAAGUUACUCGAAGAUGUGAAAAAUGCUCAGUCGUCUAUCUACCCGUCAAGCUUGCGUGAAUUACAAGAGGAGAGAAUUGAGAGACGGAAAUGCACGGUGUUUCCAUUCCACCCGCAAGAGGCGAAAGAAGAGCGUAGUAGAAAGCACGGAGUUGUGGUUUGGAUCCCAAGCAAUCUCGAGAAACUCAUAGUAACCGCUGCGAAAGAGCUAGGGCUAUCGGAUGGAGCCUCAUUUGUACUAUUAUCAGAAGACCAAGGUCGUAUCACAGACAUUGAUAUGAUUAGUGAUGGACACAAAUUGUAUAUGAUCAGUGAUACUACUGAUCAAACAUAAUGAUGGACUCUUCGAUUUUUCCGAUGAUUCAUUUGAGGUUUUUAUAUUCUAGAGCAUUUUGACACAAUUUAUCUAUCGCAGAGCAAACAUAGUAUUCAAAUCUUCGAUUCUUUUUUGAUCAUCACAUAGAAUCAUUUGAGUUCUUGUAGAGCAUUUUGAGACAAAAGCAGAACUAUCACGUUAUUAUAUAUUUCAAGCUAUUGCACUAAUUUAUAAUAUUUAGAAUUACACCAAAAACAUAGAGACUAUGUAAAUAAUUUUAUCGUAGAGAGCAAUUAACCGAGCUUAAUACACUGUAGUUGUCUGAAGUUCUUCUGAGCUUCAAGAUUACCUGUAUCAACAAUUUCUUUGCCUGCGUCACUCGAAGAAUCUGAUGUAAAAAGUAGAAAAAGAACGUCCAUGACACACCCAAUAAGAGGAAUAUGCGAACAAAUAUUAGAUUUCACACGAUCCAUCAAGUUAUAGAGAAAUAAAAAUUUUGAAAAAUUUUGGAUAUGUAAAGAGAAAUGUUUG